UGCAGCUGUCUCGCUAUCCAACAUUAAGUCGCUUUAAUUCGUAAUAGCGAUCAAUACCUUGAUAACCGUUUACCGUCAAAACUUGGUAAAUUGCUGAUACCUGUGUUAAUAUUGAUUGUUUAUUCCCUGCAUAUUUGACGGACUUGUCUUCUUCAAUUAUCCAGAUUAGUAUGGAAUCCCUAUCAAGCACUAUACAAGACAACUUCUUGAUGUGUACAAUUUGUUUAGAAGUCUAUAAAGAACCCCAGACUCUUCCUUGCUUACACACCUUCUGCAAAGAAUGUCUUCACAACUUUAUAAAAAAGAGCAGUUCCAAGGAUUCUAGCAACUGCCCUAUAUGCAGAAGAACGUUUUGGACGAGCCGAAAUGAGAUUAAGCUAAAUUUUUGUUUGCAAAGCUUGAUCGAUUUAUUGAACGUUUCAUCGACGUCAUCUCAAACGUUCUGUUCGUUUUGUAAACUUCAUGAUAAAAACGAAACAGCUGUGUCCCAGUGUCUAACGUGCUUAGAAUACCUAUGUGAGAUUUGUGCAAAGGAAAGGCACACGUUCACCAGCCGAACAGUGAACCACAAAGUUGUUCCUUUAAGUGAAGUCCUAGAGGGAAAAUACGACAGGGAGCUACAGCUUAUACAGAAAACCCACUGCACACAACAUAGAGGUGAAAAACUGAAAUAUUACUGUGUGCCGUGUGCGUUACCCAUGUGUAGAGACUGCAUCGUUAUUGAACACACAGGCCACGAGGUAAAGUUAAUGACUGAUGAAAGGAAACAAAGAGAGAGACUGAUUAAGGAAAGACUGUUAUCUUUUAAAAAGCACAUUGAGACUUUAAAUCAUAACAAAUCAAUUUUAUCUAAACGUAUUACUGCAUUAUCAGGAAAAGAAGAAAUCAUUAAAAAACAAAUAGAGGAAAUUUGCACAGAUGUUGUUCAGAAGAUCUAUAAAACACAAGCAGAAAAGGAAAAUGAAGUCAGCAACUUUCUAAAACCCGCAAGGGACCAAUUGGUAAACUCACAUAUGCAAUGUUCAGAAUUUUGCAAAGAGGUGGAAGACUGUGUUGCAAUUUCGGAAAACGUUCUAGCAAAUGGGAGCGAUUCUGAGUUAUUAUCUUUAUCGAAUGAAAUUUUAAGAAGAAUGGAUGAGCUAGAAAUAAAGAACGAUCCAAAAUAUAACCAAAGCCCUGUAGUAAAUAUUCCCGACUUACAAAUUGUUUGGAAGGAACCUUUAAUUACAAUUGUCGAUCGAGCUUAUUCAUGUAAAGAGCCAACUACGAAAGAAAUUAGCACUCAAACAUCAAUUACUAGGUCAAACCAAGGGACUCAAUUUGAUUCGAUAGAAGAUAGUUUGAAAAAGUUAUCAUCAACUGCCAGUGGUUGUAAACCAAAGAGUGUUACAAAGUAUGAAAUAAAUCUGAGUGAAUCCAUCACUAUAAGGGAGGGCAGUGAUACAGUCAAACCUGAAUUGUCCUGCGUUGCUUGGAUUGAUAGAGAAAACAUAGCAGUUGUUGACAGAGGAAACGAAAAGAUCAAGCUAUUUGAGUUAAACAGUAAAUCCAUUAAGUCCAUUUACAUGCCAGGUGCUGUAACAAUUUCUAUUAGUACACUAGCUAUAGCUUGUCGAUUGGCAGACCUACGUAUGAAGAUUUUUAGAUUACCGUUCACAGAAAUUAAAACUGAUGUUGGUGUACAAUGCUUAAUCACGGCUUCAGAUGGUUCUUCCUUGAUGUGGAUGACUAAAAAGAAUAUAUUCUGCUUUAAAGAUGACACCGUGUCACAAGUCUCUAUCAAGAACAAGGACUCGAACCCUAAAACUCUUGGCGCACCGAGAUAUGCGAUUCAACUCUCUAACGGGACAUAUGUUGUGUCUGAUAAGGGUAAUGAUUGUGUUUUUUUCAUAAGUAAUUCAGGAAUAAUAAUUUUGGAGAUAAAUCAUUAUCCCGGCUCUAUCACACACGACGAUAACACUGGUCUCUUUAUCUCAGAUUUCGAGAAAGGAACGAUAUCUAUUUUUGACCAAACUGGAAAGUAUAUGUCAAAACUCAAGAUCGGUGUAUGGCAAAAAUCACCAAGAAGCAUCUCGAUUCUUGACGACAGAUUACUGGUUGCCACUCAGUAUAAGAUACUGUUGUAUAAGCUGACAAGGAAAUAAAAUAAAACAUCUUAACGGAACCGUUACCAAAAUCUAUCCACAUCAUGGUGUAUUGCAACCCAAUUAUACAUUGUUGUAAUGAUUUUACUACAAUUUACAUAGUCUUUAAAUGGUCUCGCUGGUGAUGGCAAUUUUUUUCUCCUUAAGAAGAAUAACUCUGUAUAAAGAUAUAGAAUUUGAUCAAAGAAUCUUUCUUUGGGGUUUUUUCAUCACUGAAUAUUAGCUUAUGGUCAUUACUGUCACAUGUCAAAGUUUAAGUCAGAUCUGAUGGAAAAAUUGUUGAGCGCCCAGCAUCCUUAAGACUGUGGUUUCAUUAAUUUUCGUAGGUAUCAAUUUUCGUGGAUUUUCUGAAAACCACAGUUUCAAGGAUACGUAAUUUCGUGACCAAUGAUCCUAUCAAUACAACAUGUUUGUUGAAAUUGAAUUUCAAUGAACAUUUAAUUUCGUGGAUCAACUUAACAACGAAAUCCACGAAAAUUGGUAUUCAACGAAUAUUGAUGAAAUCACAGUACUACGCUGGAAUCCUUAGAAAAGCUUUUUUUUCCAAGUAGUAGUGCAAAAGUUACUUUGCUUGAAUUUUAGAUAAAAUAUUUUGUAGGAAAUGCAAGCUACUUUCAAUAGGUUGCUAAAUUGGGAGAAAAGAACAACAGUUUUAUCAUGAAAUUUAAAUUUCAGCAAGGUGGCAUCAGCUGAAAAAUCUUUUACGAAAAAAAAUCUGCCAGUUGAUGUAUAUUAAUUGCUUAGUUAUAACCGAGUAGAAUUAAAAACGAUAGAUUAUGAAAGUGGAUAUUGUUAAUCUACUGUUGUUUUUCAUGAAUGAUACAAUGUUAUACAUACUUAUCAAAUGUUUAAAAAAGUAAAUUUUUGUUCCCUUAAAACGUUAUUUGCAAAGACCUGAACCCUUAUUUUGAAAUGACAAUGCUAACAAAUUUCAUUUUUAUGUACAAUCUUUACUUUUGGUGUUCUUAUUCGCUUAUGAUUUUACUACAGGUGUAUGGAUUACCAGUAAUUUGCUUUCGAACGUAGAAAAUUCAAUAAACAAAACUAAAAUAAGACAUUGUUGGAUCUGAAAGAUGUGUUAAACAGAAACGAAAUUUUCACAAUUGCACGAAAGUCCUUUUGACAUUUUGAAUGUAGAAGCAUUUUUAAAAAGUUUCUAUAAAAUGAUGUGAAUAACAUUGCAUUAUAAGUUUUCUUUUUUAAGCAAAAUCGUGCCAGAAUAUGAUUUUAUUAUAAUCUUUGGAAUUUUAUCUGUAAUAUACAGGAAAAACCAACAUUCGCAAAAUUUUAAAAACGAAAUGUAUUUUUAAAAACUAUUCUUUUCUGUCCUGGGCAUAAUCAGAUUAAUAUCUCUGAAGUUUGAUUGUUGUGAUAUCUGAUUAUGACAAUUUUCUGCACAAAUUAUCGUUAAGCCUGCUUUACAUUAAUAGAUCGAUCACGCAUUGAUCCAAAUGACGGAAAUAUGAAUUUUUUAAAAUUAUUAUUUUGAUGUUUUAUUUUGAAAUUUUAUUAAUCCUGAGUUUUUAAGUAGCGUUUUAUCAAUCAAUGAAUUUGUGAAGUACUUUAUGGAAUGCACUUAUUCAGUUUCAAUAUAUAUAUAAUAUCGAAUCGAAGUUUGUUUAUAAAACUAUAAAUGCCAAUUGGUAAUUUUUUGGAAAUAAAGAGAGAAAUAAUCAUUAAAUGUGAAUGAAUCAUUGCACAACAACUUUAACAAUAUUUCUUAGACCAUAUUUAUAUCAGUAAGUUCGUGAACGACAAAUGAGAGGGUAAA